CACAUCAGCUCUCGUGAUUGGUCGAGCGAUUUACGCUGCGUCUCUCUUCACCGGGGCGGGGUAUAAGUGAUACAUACAUCACCACACUAUAGUUAAAAUUGUGUCUUUACAUUGCCUCUGAUGUGUGGAUGCGUGAUAAUAACCGAGUGCUGAAAACACGAGAAGAGGCUGUGGUUCCGUUUGGUCUUUAUACACACCUCUAAACCAUGGAUAUCUUCCGGGUGGAUAAGAGAAUAUCUGCGGUUGCGAAACAGGGGUGCUCCUCCUCUGCCGGAUCUUUGAAACUGAAGGAAGCCGAGCUGGAAGCCUUGGACCAACUGAGUCCGCUGGUACGACGCAGGUGUUUCAGUUCUUCCGCUGUGGAUUUGGCAGCACGGCGUGGAGUGUUUAGCCGACGUCAUUACGGGUCAGUCGAAUUGCUAACGACUUGUGACCGAGAUGGGUGCACAUCAGGAAGAUUCCGUGUCGAAGAUGGAGAAAGGGACGAGAUGUCUAACCUGUCCACUGGCAGCGACAUUCACCUUGAGAAUCCCGAAUAUCAAACGAGAUGGUACUUCAAAUAUUUCCUUGGAAAAAUCCACCAGAACUACGUAGGUCUAGACGUGGACAAGAGGAUUGUUUUCCUCUCUGUUGUUCUGACUGAUGCCAAUAAUCACAAUGUCCCCCAGUAUCGAUCCAUCCUAUGGAGAACAACGGGGACACAGAAAAUAUGCAUUCCAUACAACCCUGCCAAGCCAAUGUCCGUCAAGAGAAUUCUAAGUCGGUUUGAUAUCAAAAUGGACAAGUCGCCGAAGGAAAUCUUCACUCCAGACAUACAGAAGGAGCUACUCCUAUUGGAGGAACAGGAAGGAUCAGUCAACUUCAAAUUCGGGGUGCUUUAUGCGAAGGAGGGGCAGAAAUCGGACGAUGAAAUGUUCAGCAACGAAAAUGGUAGCGAGGAGUUUUUAAACUUUGUCCAACUGCUGGGCGGGAGGAUCAAGUUAAAAAACUGGGAUAAGUUCAACGGUGGCUUGGACGUCAAAAACAACACGACUGGUCUGGAGGCUGUCUACACAAUGUACGAAGGUCAUGAGAUAAUGUUCCACGUCUCGACUAUGCUCCCUUAUUCCAAAGAUAAUAAACAGCAGGUGGAGAGGAAACGUCACAUUGGAAACGACAUUGUCACCAUCGUCUUUCAAGAGCAGGAUGACCCAGAGGCCGAGCCAACCUUCAAGCCGUCCAUGAUCAAAUCACAUUUUACCCAUAUAUUUGCGCUUGUGACUUUUAACAAGUUAAACAAUACAUAUAGGUUACGGGUGUUCUCCGAGGAAUCAGUGCCUUUGUUUGGUCCGCCGCUGCCUUCACCGGCCAUUUUUGACGACUCCCAUGCAUUCAGAGACUUUCUUCUUGUUAAACUUAUUAACGGCGAGAAAGCAGCCUUUAACACACCGACCUUUUCCAAUAAACGACAACGAACCCUUGAGAUGCUUAUCAAGAAUCUACAGCAAGACCUUCCAGAAACAAACAAGAAUAUGCUCAACAAGCGUUCCUUGAGUGACGUCAUACCGGAGCCUGUAUGGGGUUGGAGGAACAAGAAGGAAGAGGCACGACAGGUGGAGUUUGUAAGAGUUGGACAGCUGUUGAAACUGAAGACAAUCGUGAAGGGUGAUGCGCCAACCAGCUUAGCCACGACGAGUCUUCUCAAACGAGAGCCAUGGGAACCGCAGUGCAUCUAUAACGACUUCACACACGAAGUGCAGUGCGGUGAUUCAUGGGGUGACCGGCUCGUCGUUGGCACAGAAGUUGGAAUAUUCUGUAUUGAAGAGGGGCUCCCUCCACGCCUACUCUUUGACCGAACUGUGAACACUAAACAACUGAGCGUCGUUGAAGCACACGAUCUUCUUAUCUUCAGAGCCGAUAAAGGGAAGGAGAGUCGUGUUUAUGUUUUUCGACUCACUGAUUUUGAAGGCGAACCAAACGAAUUAAUGGUGCGAGCUAAGACUGAUUGCAAAGACCAUAAGCUAGAAAGAACGAAAGGAUGUCAUCUGUAUGCCUUGAGUCGGCCUGGUGGUAGCCACCUACGUAUGGUAGUAGCGGUAGGCAAGAAGCUACUAGUGAUGGCGUGGAAGCACAGCGCUGCCUGGACGGCAUGGUGUAUGCAGGCCGAUACAGACCCCGUAGAGGGAUUCACGUUCGUUAGGGAGCUUGUAGCCGCUGAGGUUCCCGUCAUCAUGUCCCUGGUAGACGGAGGGAGAGAUGAUAAUCAGAUAUGCGUUGCCUUCCGUCAUCAGUUUGACCUCAUCAAUGAGAAGAAUGGAGAUACAUUCCGGCUACAUCUCGUAGAAACAAGCAAACAGGUUAAUCUUGUGUCUGCCUUAGACAUAUACGAAGACGAGGAGCCGGAACUUCUUCUAUCAUACAACCACAUGUCUCAGUUCAAGAGGUUAUCGGGCGAGUGCUCAUCGGACUUUGACAUACAUUGGAACUCUGCACCUAAAGCCAUCGUUUGUGCCUUCCCUUACAUUCUGGCGUUCACGCAUGACUCUUUGGAGAUCCGACUUGUCGUCAAUGGUAACCUAGUCCACACCAUGACUAUGCCCCACCUCAAUCUCAUCUCGUCCAAGUGUGAUCUGCACUUCACGUCUACGGGUAUACCAGAUCUACUCCAUGGUCUGCAGCCUAGUCCCAUGGAUCCAGUCAAUCCGUUCUCUCCACUAGCAAGCCCUACCAACCCAAACGCAGUGGGUCCGAUAAUGGGUUCUCCAACGCGCGUUUUCAAGAUACCACUCAUCAGUCUUGUUGGGCAGAUGACUGAGCGGCCCGUGCAGACCAACAACAGCCGGCCGAGAUCGUUCAUCUCUCCUCUGGUCAACAUCGCCGAGACGUCUUCGGGAACUACUAAGGGCCUCUCCACAAGGCCCCACAGUGAAACAUCACUAGCGGCCUACGAGAAGAACUUCGCAAAUGAUAACAAUCUGGAGGGACUAACCCCCUGGCGGAACAGCAAUCCGCCCAGGCCGUCUGCGGAAUACUCCGACUCCGGUUACUCCGAGUCGGAUUUUUCCUUCGAGUCGGCCGACUGCACGUUCCCGUACGAGUCACUCCGGGGCGGUGGCAACGGGCAAGAAUCGGCCGAGAUGCGGCGUAAAAUGUUCAGCUGUGUGCGCUCUCCUCGUCUCAACAGGCGCACGUUGUCUUCGCAGACAGCCGACCCAGACGCAAGGGCUGAACUCCUUGGUACCUCCAAGCACAAGGUGCUCUCCAGACCGCGCUACGGCUCCAACCAUUCCGACUCGGUGUUCUACGGUUCCUCAAGGCUCGAUAGUCGGUCCAGCUCAGUGGCUUCGGACUGCGACUCGCGGUCAGACACAUCCACGUUACAAUCAUGGCCACGAUCACCGCGGAUCGGGAGCAGCUGUAGUUCCACGCAGUCCGAAGCCGAGAUGAGAGCGGAGCUCUUGGGGAAACUCCUACGGUCUCCUAAGCUCGGUCGCCCUUCGACAUCAUCGUCCACACAAUCAGACUCCGAGGACCGUAGCUCGGUGUUCGAAGGGGUCAGUCCAAUCAAAGAUAAAUCUGCCACACCUUUCUACCUUUCGUCGUCUGUUGAUGAAGACGAGAUCGACUUAAAAUGAAAUCGGAUAAUGACGAUAAUGUUAUUUCUAACAGCCUAUGUGCAUAAAGGGUAUGGGAAAUCUAUAAUUGUGACUCAAGAACUGUUAUUUUUGUAUUGAAUAUUUUUAAAUGCAUUCCAGCAUGUCUACCUUCUGACUGACUAUCCAUACUCGCGUACGCCACAAUAUUUUUUCUGAAACCUUGUUGCUACUUUUAUUGAAUUUCUUAAGAUGCAUGUUUUACGUGAUAUACUUUCCAUUAUUAUUGCCCAGUCAUCAAAGUGUUUUUUAUAUUAUAAUUUAUAUGUAAACAUUAUCCGGGAAGCUUGUCUUCUCGCAAACUAAGAGAUUGUGCUGGAAACAAAAUCUUAAAUACAUCGACAUUUUGGGUAACCGGUUUUUGAACGAA